AUGUUCUUAACUAGAAGUGAAUAUGAUCGUGGUGUAAGCACAUUUUCUCCAGAAGGUAGAUUAUUUCAAGUUGAGUAUUCUUUGGAGGCAAUCAAACUAGGAUCCACCGCGAUUGGAAUUUCCACGAAAGAGGGUGUUGUAUUAGGUGUGGAAAAGCGUGCUACUUCGCCAUUGUUAGAAUCUGAUUCUAUUGAGAAAAUUGUGGAGAUCGAUCGUCAUAUUGGUUGUGCAAUGAGUGGGCUCACUGCAGAUGCUCGUUCUAUGAUUGAACACGCGCGUACCGCCGCAGUAACACAUAAUCUAUACUAUGAUGAAGAUAUCAAUGUUGAAUCCUUAACACAAUCGGUCUGUGAUCUUGCCCUAAGGUUCGGUGAAGGUGCCUCCGGUGAAGAAAGACUAAUGUCUAGACCAUUUGGGGUUGCCUUAUUGAUUGCUGGUCAUGAUGCGGAUGAUGGUUAUCAACUCUUUCAUGCAGAACCAUCUGGAACCUUCUACCGUUACAAUGCUAAGGCCAUUGGUUCUGGAUCCGAAGGUGCACAAGCAGAGCUAUUAAACGAAUGGCAUUCCUCCUUAUCUCUAAAAGAAGCUGAGCUUCUUAUCCUAAAAAUCCUAAAGCAAGUGAUGGAGGAAAAACUCGAUGAAAAUAAUGCGCAAUUGAGUUGUAUAACAAAGGAAGACGGAUUUAAAAUAUACGACGAUAACAAGACUGCUGAAUUGAUAAAAGAAUUGAAGAAAAAGGAGGCUGCAGAGAGUCCAGAAGAAGCGGAUGUUGAAAUGUCAUAA